AUAUGACCCUAAAGAAGGGAGAAAUUAAAUGCAAUUAAGAAACCUGUAAAAAAACUCGACCAUGGAGACUGAGAAUAAGAUUGGGGUAAGGGUUUGAAAAGAUGGCCUUAAAUCCCAAUCACAGACCACCGAUAGUCAACUGACACUGAUGACUGACUCUUUUUAUUUGCCUUUGACAUCAAACUUUCUUAUGUCCCUCUAUGAACCUCUUCCCUCUUUGUUUGUUUGAGGAAGCGCAAUUAGCAAACAGAGGAUCUAUCGGGCAAGAAGAGUAUGGAAUCAAAAGGAAGCAGUAUUGGAAGCUCUCUGCUGGUACCUUGUGUCCAAGAAUUGGCUAAGGAGCCCUUGGUUGCUGUCCCACCAAGGUACAUACGCCCUGAUCAAGAUCAUCCCAUCGUUGCUGCUGGGGAUGAUGCAUCAUUGCCAGAGGUCCCUGUUAUCGAUAUGCAGAGAUUACGUGACGAAGAAUCCGUGGAUUCUGAAUUGGCCAAGCUCCAUUUUGCUUGCAAGGAAUGGGGUUUCUUCCAGUUGAUAAACCAUGGAGUAAGCUCUUCAUUGUUGGAGAGAAUGAAGACAGAACUUCAGGAUUUCUUUAACCUCCCAAUGGAGGAGAAGAAAAAAUUCUGGCAGUAUCCUGGAGAAGUAGAGGGAUUUGGUCAGGCCUUUGUUGUGUCUGAAGAGCAGAAGCUUGACUGGGCUGAUCUUUUCUUCAUGGUCACUCAACCAGUUCAUUUGAGGAAGCCUCACUUGUUUCCAAAGCUCCCUCUUCCUUUCAGAGACACCUUGGAGAGUUAUUCAUCAGAAGUGAAAAAUUUAGCUGUGGUCAUCCUUGAGCAGAUGGCAAAAGUGCUGAAAAUUAGAGAUGAGGAAAUGAGAGAGAUCUUCAUUGAAGGCAUAAGGCAAACAAUGAGAAUGAACUAUUAUCCGCCUUGUCCUCAACCAGAGAAGGUCAUUGGCCUGACCCCUCAUUCAGAUGGCACGGGUCUCUCCAUUCUCCUACAAAUUAAUGAUGUUGAAGGUCUUCAGAUUAGGAAAGAUGGGAGGUGGAUUCAUGUGAAGCCCCUACCAAAUGCCUUUGUUAUCAACAUUGGAGACAUUUUGGAGAUCAUAACCAAUGGCACAUAUCGUAGCAUCCUGCAUCGUGCAACAGUGAACUCUCAGAAGGAAAGGCUCUCAAUUGUUGCAUUCCAUUCUCCGAGGUUUGAUGGUGAAAUAAGUCCAGCACGGAGCUUGAUUACCAAGGAAACGCCGGCAAUGUUUAAAAGAAUCACGGUUAAGGAGUUCUUCAAGGGCUUAUUCUCUCGCGAACUUCGAUCAAAAUCUUACCUUGAUACAUUAAGAAUAGAACAUGGCGAAGAGUAAAGACUAAACUGGAAACCUGUAUUGUGCUUGAGAAAUAAGGUUCACAAAAUAGCUGUAAUGUAAAAUCAUGGAUAAUAAAUACAUUAUGCAUGCUUUUUCAGUUUUCA